AUGCUCAUCAACCCAACGCAAUCUUGCUCAAUCUUGCUCGCCAACAAGAUGAGGUACUCUAUUGCUUCUAUUGCUUCUUUUAUUGCCCUCGGGCAGUGCCUUUCUUUGCCCCCUCUCAUUCCUCUCAUUCCUGGAGUGACAGAACCUUUGACGACCAACGCUCCUCCUUUGCCUAUUCUACAAGUUCCUACUCCCCCACUGGAGAGUCCCCCCUUCACACCGAGUGAUAUCAAGCCGAAGAAGAUUGGCUAUUUCUGGACUGGCUCGGCAGACAAGUUCCAUAAAGACUUCCUUGCUACUUACAGUUUGGAUGAUGAAACCUUUGGGACCCUUUUAUGGGUCACCGAUGUACCCAGCAGCGGUAAUGAUCCUCACCACCUGGGACCGUCUCUGGAUGGAAAGACUAUCUGGGGUGGUGGGUUGCUAUCUCUUUUGAAGACUCAAGAUACUGGCUUCUACUUUGAUACGUCCAACCCUUACCGCCCCAAGUUCCUGAAGAGUAACCGCGGUAUCCUUGCCUCCAUUGCGGAUGAGGUCCGGGCAAAGCCAGAUGGCGGAUUCUUUAUCACAUACAUGGGCUCGGCUGUUGGUACUGCACCCGGUCGUCUCAUUGAGACUGAUGCCAAUUUUGACAUCAUUCAUGAAUGGCCUGAAGAUGUGGAAGGCACGCUUAACAUCCUUGAAAAGCAGUUCUCCCCUCACGGACUCGCUAUCGAUUGGGAUAAAAAGCUCAUUCUGACUUCGGACUUUGUCGAGCCAAUUACGAUCUUGAAGCCCAGCCUUGGAGUGCGCCAUGCUGACACACUCCGUCUCUGGGAUUUGGAAUCUAGAAAGAUUCUCAGCACUCUUACUAUCCCUAAUGGUGGUGGUAUCCAAGAUGUCAAAUUCAUUCCUGGACACCCGGAAUCCGCUGCUAUCGCCACGGCCGUGCAUCUGGGCCAGCUCUGGGUAAUUUACCCCCUGCGAAAGGACGCCAACGGCAACCAGGGUGUGAUUGAGGAACUUUACGAUCUUGGCCCCAAGGCCCGUGACACCAUUGCUAUCUACUCUGAUAUCAGCCAGGAUGGCAAAUACUUCUACGCCACCCUUACCACUGCCAACCACAUUGCUGCGUUAGACAUCAGCGACCUAAAUAACAUCAAACGUUUGGAUGACCCCGAUGAGGACCAACCUACCGUCGGGCCUCACUACAUCAAGGUCACACCUGACCAGAAGCAUGUGGUCGUCACUGACUACUUCGUCCAGACUGGCGACAUUGGUAUCAUCAAUACCCCGGCUGACUUCAAGGCGCUCUAUAUCGACCUCAACGAGGAUGGUAGUCUUUCCUUUAAUCGUACUAUUGAUUUUAGCAAGGAGUUUGCCAAUCGCGGUGGUGCUAAGCCUCACUCUAGUGUGAUUUUCGAUCUUACUGAUCCCGAGAAUCCUCUCUAUUACUGA